AUGUCUAACUUGUACAAUCAGAUUUCCUUACCUUCAUCCCAAAGGGCCAAUUCACCAAAUAUAAACAUGAGAAGCAAUUUUGAUGUUGAUAGUCAGUACUUAACGGAGCUUCUAGCAGAACGCCAAAAGCUUGGACCUUUCAUGCAAGUUGUACCCAUAUGUGCCAGACUCCUCAAUCAAGAGAUUUUAAGGGUUACUGGAAAGACUGAUUUAUUGCUGAACCAAGGAUUUAGUGACUUCGAUAGAAUGAGAUUCAUUAAUCCAACUCAUAUGGCUUCUCCAAACUCAACAUCAAACUUUACUGGCUGGAACAGCCUGUCACAUGAGAGGUUAGGUGGUAUGCAGGGACUAAACAUGGAUUGGCAAACUUCACCGGUUGUUCCAAGUUCUCCCGUUGUGAAGAAAAUAUUGCGCUUGGAUAUUCCUAAGGAUAGCUAUCCAAAUUUUAAUUUUGUUGGCCGGCUUCUUGGCCCCAGGGGUAAUUCACUAAAGCGAGUGGAAGCUACUACAGGUUGCCGUGUAUUUAUCAGAGGGAAAGGUUCAAUUAAAGACUUAGACAAGGAAGAGUUGUUAAGAGGGAGGCCUGGCUAUGAGCAUCUGAAUGAUCCACUUCACAUUUUAAUUGAAGCUGAACUACCUGCCAGUGUUGUUGAUGUAAGGUUGAGGCAAGCACAAGAAGUCAUACAAGAACUACUUAAACCAGUGGAUGAGUCACAAGACAUUUACAAAAGACAACAACUAAGAGAACUUGCUAUGCUUAAUUCCAAUUCCAAUUUCAGAGAAGAGAGUCCUCAACUGAGUGGUAGUGUCUCUCCAUUCACUUCUAAUGAAAUAAAACGGGUCAAAACUGAUAAAUAG